AGAGGGCGCGGUGGCACGGCUCCGGACUGGUCACAUGACUGUUUUGUUUUCAUUCGCUUUCUGCCUGAGUUCUAGUUUCUGUUUUGAGGUUGUGCUUGAUUUAACCCAGGUGUAUUUGGUUUAGAUUGAUUAUGUUGGGUAUUUAAACCCCUCGGGUUUAUGCGCACGUUGCGCGAUAUUAGUUGUAGUUAGAAUACCUGUGUGAGAGGGAGCAGUCUGAACGGUGUAGCGUCUACGUUUAGCAUGCUAAGCGGUCUUUGUUUUCAUGUCCUGUUUUCUGCCUCGACUCUAGUCCUAUGUUUUCUCGUCAACUCUGGAUAGACCGCGUUCCCGUGUUUGUUUGUUUGUGAUUUAGUAAUAAAGACAGUGCUCCUGCACUUACUUCCUGUCUUUCCCUCUGUUUCAUAACAGAAUAUCGCGCCCACAAUGGAAGUAGCAGGAGAGCCUGGAGUCCGAAAAUUUAUUUUUGGAACUUCCCGACAAGGGAGGAGUACUACGCCUAGCAGCGCAUGCAGCAGGAGGCACACCAAGCUGCGCUAUGGAGGCAGCAGGAGGAGUUGCGGUUCAAGCAGCGGCUGGAAGAAGUAGACUGAUUGCUCCGUCGUGUGGAGGAAGCGCUUCGCCCCCGUCUCGUGGAGCGGAACAACACUCCACCUUGCUGCCCUGAGGGAGAUCCAGUCAUGCUGCCUAGUCUGGAGCGGAAGGCUAGCCCAGAACUUUUUUUGGGGGGGGGCAAGGGUGACAGCUGAGCGACAGCGUGAGGCCUACGGGGAGGCCUCAGCUGUGGGGCUCCUGCCUGAGGUCAACAUGCCAACCUCAGAGCUACAGCGUGAGGCCUACGGGGAGGUCUCGACUGUGGAGCUCAUGCAUGCCGAGGAGGCCGUCCGGCUGCCCUGCCCGGCCGAGGAGGCCGUCCGGCUGCCCUGCCCGGCCGAGGAGGCCGUCCCGCUGUCCAGCCCGGCCGAGGAGGCCGCCCAGCCCUCUAGUGCUGCCAGGGGUGGCACCCAGUGUCCCAGAGCCACCAGGGGCAGUGCCCAGCAUCCCAGGAGCAGUGCCCAGUAUCCCAGGGGCAGUGCCCAGCUUCCCAGUGCUGCUGGGGGCGGUGCUCUGACUUUCAACCCCGGUGGGGGUGCUGCUCCGCUCCUCUGCUGCCUGCCGGAGGCUGCCUCGCUUUCCGUGGCAGCGAGAGACCGUUCACACAGGGGCCCAGGACCCCCAUUGGAGGGGGGUUCUUGGUGCUCCGGGAGGAGCACCCUUUGGAGGGGGGUUCUGUUACACCACGGCCAGCAGAGGGCGCUGUGGCACGGCUCUGGACUGGUCACAUGAUUGUUUUGUUUUCAUUCGCUUUCUGCCUGAGUUCUAGUUUCUGUUUUGAGGUUGUGCUUGAUUUAACCCAGGUGUAUUUGGUUUAGAUUGAUUGAUUAUGUUGGGUAUUUAAACCCCUCGGGUUUAUGUGCACGUUGCGCGAUAUUAGUUGUAGUUAGAAUACCUGUGUGAGAGGGAGCAGUCUGAACGGUGUAGCAUCUAUGUUUAGCAUGCUAAGCGGUCUUUGUUUUCAUGUCCUGUUUUCUGCCUCGACUCUAGUCCUAUGUUUUCUUGUCAACUCUGGAUAGACCACGUUCCUGUGUUUGUUUGUGAUUUAGUAAUAGACAGUGCUCCUGCACUUACUUCCUGUCUCUCCCUCUGUUUCGUAACAAAAUAAUUUUUCUGUGUGCCUUGGAAAAGAUGCUCUAGAAUGUGCCAAGUAGACUAAAUAAUUGAAAUCCUGAUAUGCAAACUUAAGUAGAGGAAACCAACCUGAUAGCAUCAAAGAAUUAUUUUGGACACUUUUAUAUUUAGAUCAGUGUCACUUUGAAUAUGGUUAUAAGGCUAUAAAAUCUGGUCAGUUAUGUACAAGUACAAAAAGUACAAGUGUAUUCAAGCAUAACAUAAUUGCUUUUAUUACCAUGUGAACAAACUGACCACUUUAUUAGACACACUGGCCUUCGUAGUUAAUAGUUUUUUUUUUUGUUUUUUUUCCUGGCACAUCUUUUCUCUGGGCUAUCCUUUCCAUCUAGACCUUUAUUACUGUCAGAUUCUGGCCACAGCACAACUGCUGGCUGGACAUUAUUAUUAUUAUUAUUAUUAUUAUUAUUAUUAUUAUUAUUAUUAUUUUUAUUUUUUUUUGGUAGGGGGGGGGGGAUUUUUCAACUCAUCAGCGACACAGAUGUUUAAAAAAAAAAAUAAAAAAUCUCAGCAAUAUUACCAUGCCAGAUCCACUUGUACUAGCAGAAUACACACUACCAUAUCAUUACCACUGCUGUGCUGAUAAUGGUGCUGAUAUAAAAUAUAUAUAUAUAUAUAUAUAUAUAUAUAUAUAUAUAUAUAUAUAUAUAUAUAUAUAUAUAUAUAUAUAUAUAUAUAUAUAUAU